CUCAAAGGACACAAGCAGCAUCACAGGAAAAGGUGGAGGCUGCCAUUAAUUGCCUGCGAAUGUGUCUCUACAAGUGGAGGCUGGUUUUACUGCUCGGUAGAGGAGCUCCGAGGAGUGUGUGUUUACGUUUACCACAUUUUCCACCGUCAUGGCAGGCUAUGAACUUUAUACCAAGCAUGCCCGUGUAUGGCUCCCAGAUGCCGUGGAAGUGUGGAAGUCAGCAAAGCUUGUCAAAGAUUAUACUUCUGGCGACCAGACAUUAUUCCUACAGCUGGAGGAUGGCACAGAGGUGCAGUACAAAGUAGACCCCCGAACACACAAUCUCCCACCACUAAGAAACCCCAAUAUCCUGGUGGGGGAAAAUGACCUCACAGCGCUCAGCUACCUCAAUGAGCCGGCAGUCUUACACAACAUCAAAGUGCGCUUCAUCGACUCCAAGUUGAUCUACACAUACUGUGGCAUUGUUCUUGUCGCCGUCAAUCCUUAUGAGAGUCUGCCCAUUUAUGAGGCUGACAUCAUCCAUGCCUACAAUGGGCAGAACAUGGCGGACAUGGACCCCCAUAUAUUUGCAGUGGCAGAGGAAGCAUACAAGCAGAUGGCCAGAGAUCAACAGAACCAGUCUAUAAUUGUGAGUGGUGAGUCGGGAGCAGGCAAAACUGUUUCUGCAAAGUAUGCCAUGCGUUACUUUGCUACAGUCAGCGGCCUCUCUGGUGAGGCGAAUAUUGAGGAGAGAGUCUUGGCCUCCAAUCCUAUCAUGGAGGCUCUUGGUAAUGCCAAAACAACAAGGAAUGACAAUAGCAGUCGCUUUGGGAAGUACAUCGAAAUCGGGUUUGAUAAGAAGCAUCGCAUAAUUGGGGCUCACAUGAGGACUUAUUUACUAGAAAAAUCAAGAGUUGUUUAUCAGACCCAUGGAGAAAGGAACUAUCACAUAUUCUAUCAACUAUGUGCCUCAUCACAUUUACCAGAGUUCCAACCCUUCAAAUUAGGUGGGGCAGAUGAUUUCCAUUGCACUAACCAGGGACAGAAUUCAGUCAUUGAUGGAGUGGAUGAUACCAAGGAAAUGUGCAGUACUAGGAGAGCUUUGUCACUAUUAGGAAUCAGUGAAAGCCAUCAAAUGGAAAUGUACCAGAUUCUGGCAGCUAUUCUUCAUCUUAGCAAUGUGGAGGUAAAAGAGCAUUCUCAGGACCGCAGCAGCAUCUUGGCAGACGAUGCCCACUUGGUGGUGUUCUGUGAGUUGAUGGGGGUGCCCUGUAAAGAAAUGGCCCACUGGCUCUGCCAUAGGAAACUCAAAGCAACCACAGAAACAUACGUCAAGUGCGUCUCCAAGACAAAUGCAGUAAAUGGUCGCGACGCCCUCGCCAAACACAUCUACGCCAGAAUUUUCAGCUGGAUUGUUGGCUGUAUAAACAAUGUGCUCAAAUCUGCUGUUAAACAACACUCAUUCAUCGGUGUGCUGGAUAUUUAUGGGUAUGUUAUCAUCUUCAUGUUUGUACAUUUUCCACGUUUUCUUAACAUUUUGUCAUCUUUUACCAGGUUUGAAACAUUUGACAUUAACAGCUUCGAGCAGUUUUGCAUUAACUAUGCCAACGAAAAGCUCCAGCAGCAAUUCAACCUGCAUGUCUUCAAACUGGAGCAAGAAGAGUACAUGAAAGAACAGAUUCCGUGGACGCUGAUUGAUUUCUAUGACAACCAGCCAUGCAUCAAUCUCAUCGAGGCCAAGCUGGGCAUCCUGGACCUUCUGGAUGAGGAGUGUAAAAUGCCCCAAGGCUCUGAUGGCUCAUGGUCCCAGAAAAUGUACAACACCCUGUUGAAGCAGAACGAUCACUUUGACAAACCCAGGUUAUCAAACACAGCUUUCAUCAUCCACCACUUUGCAGACAAGGUGGAGUACCAGUGCGACGGCUUCCUGGAGAAAAACAAGGACACAGUCAAUGAGGAACAAAUACAUGUGUUGCAAAACAGCAAGUUUGAUUUCUUGCUGAAGCUGUUUGAGGGUAAUGAAAAAACCACCAGUUCCUCCAAAAGUAUUACUGGAAAAUCUGGUCGCUCACAAAGAGGUAAUAAGAAGACUGUGGGAAUGCAGUUUCGACAAUCUCUACAUUUACUGAUGGACACACUUAAUGCUACUACUCCUCACUAUGUACGCUGCAUUAAACCAAAUGACCAUAAAAAACCAUUCAGCUUGGACCCUGAGAGGGCAGUGCAGCAGCUGCGAGCUUGUGGCAUCCUCGAAACAAUCCGAAUUUCGGCAGCAGGAUUUCCAUCCAGAUGGACUUACCAGGAAUUCUUCAGUCGGUAUCGGGUCCUCAUGAAGCAAAUGGAUGUCCUCCCAGACGGAAAAGAGACCUGCAGAAAUGUCCUAAAAAAGCUCAUCCAGGACCAGAACCUGUAUCAGUUUGGUAAAAAUAAGAUCUUCUUCAGAGCUGGCCAAGUGGCCUUCUUGGAGAAGCUACGUUCUGAGCAGCUGCGUAGGGCUUGUGUCAGCAUCCAGAAGACUAUACGCUGUUGGUCGGCACGUAAAAAAUACCUGAGGAUGAAACAAUCUGCUAACACCAUACAGAGACAUGUGCGGGGUCACCAGGCACGCUGUUAUGUUAAUUGUCUGCGGAGAACAAGAGCAGCUGUUGUCAUUCAGCGCAAUGUUCGAAUGUGGGCGGCAAGGGCACGCUACCACAAACUACGCUCUGCAUCUGUUGUCAUUCAGUGCUUCUUCAGGACAUAUGCAGCCAGAAAGCUCUACUAUAAGUUGGUGUAUGAGCAAAAGGCUUUAGUUAUUCAGAAGUGGGCAAAAGGCUGGCUGGCCAGGAAGCAUUAUCAACGCACUCGGGCCAACAUCAUCCUGCUGCAGAGCUGUGUGCGACGCAUGAUGGCCAAGAAAGAACUGAAGAAGCUCAAAGUAAACGCGCGCUCCGUGGAGCAUUUCAAGAAUCUCAACGUUGGCAUGGAGAACAAGAUUAUGCAGUUGCAACACAAGAUAGACGAGCAGCACAAAGAAGUCAGCGAGCUCGGCGAAAGAAUGAAUGCUGCAGCAAAGACCCAAGCAAUGGAGCAGGAACGACACUGCAAAGAGAUAGAAAACCUUCAUCGAUCUGAGCAGCACGCCCAAGCUAAGGCGAAGAUGCUCCCCUCGCUUCUGGAGCAGCUCUCCUUUCUUCAACAGGAGCUGGAGAACACUUGCAGAGAGAAGGAAGUCCUGGAAGAACAGAGAAAGAUUGAUAAGGAGCAAACACAACUGGUGGUGGAGGAGCUGAAUAUGAAGAACAGCUUGUUGAGCAAUGAAAAAGAGGACCUUGACAAGCUCAUCCAAAAACAAACCCAACAAUUGACAGACAUUAAAGGCCAGAUGGAAAACAAGGAACAACUAGAGAAAGAAUUAAUAGAAGAACGCUCCCGGUACCAAAGGCUGUCAAAUGAACAUCUGCAUCUUGAGGAGCUACAUAAGGACCUGAAGGAAGAACUGGAAGUCAGAAUUAGUUCAGGGAAGGAACAAUGGUCACCAAGAAGUCAGAAGCCGGAAUCGGACUACAGCAGUAAAUCUGCUGAAUGUAGUCCCAUUUUAGGCUCAACUUAUGAACGGACCAGCACAGUGGACAAAGAGCCCCCUUCAACUGUAGACCUGCCACUCCUUCUGAAGCUUCAGAGAAGAGUUCGAGAAUCGGAAAGGGAAAAACAAUCACUACAGCGGCAGUUAGACGAGAAAGAAGCCCAAGAGGAAAAUUAUGCAGAGGAAGAGAAGACCGAGCUGGAUUUGGAGACACUGAAGCGUCAAGAGUUGGAAUCCGAAAACAAGAAGUUAAAGCAGGACUUAAGCAAACUGCGCAAGUCUCUGACCAGCGAAAACAGCGAACUGAUGCCCCCUGCUGUGGGCUCUACAACUUACGGCAUACUGCUGGAACAACUCACCUCUUCCAAUGAAGAGCUGGAGAUGCGAAAAGAGGAAGUGCUUCUUCUCCAGUCACACUUAGUGCGCCAAGACGCUAUGAAAUACAAAGAUUCGGCAAUCGGAGAGGGUGUGAAAUUAGAACUUGGUGACCUACCCUCAUUCCAAGAUCUUGAUAGGUCCACAGAUAUCCAUACACUCAAUGAGGAUGGAGAGCUGUGGCUGGCUUAUGAGGGCUUGAAAGAGACCAACAGGAUUCUGGAGUGUCAGAUGCAGACACUGGAGAAGCAGCACAGGGAGCAGAACGAGAAGCUGCAAGAUGAGGUGAACACGUUGAAGGAGGAAAAGGAGCAACAGCAGAAGCUCUUGGCUCAGACUUUGGUUCUGCCUGAAGAUGCUCGCAUUGAAGCAGGCUUGAAGCUGGAGAUCACUCGGCUCACUAAUGAAAAUCUGGAACUCAUGGUGCAACAAGACAAACAAGACAAAGCUAUAAGCAAUUUGAAAAAAGAACUGCAGCUCUACAUGAACAAAGUAAUACAGUUUGAAGCUAAUCAAAAGAACACACACUUAAUGACAAGCACUCCUGCCAAAGCUGUGAGUAUUCCACGCAAAGAGAAGGAGUACCAGGGAAUGUUAGAGUACAAAGAGGGUGAUGAGAACCGGCUGGUGAAAAAUCUGAUUUUAGAUAUGAAGGCCCGUGGUGUUGCCUUAAGCUUCCUCCCAGGACUUCCUGCUUAUGUCAUCUUUAUGUGUCUGCGAUAUGCUGACCAUGUCAAUGAUGAUCAGAGGGUCAGCACAUUGCUGAAUUCUGUCCUCUGCAGCAUUAAAGGAGUCAUUAAGAGGAGAGGAAAGGAUUUUGGAGUGUCGUCUUUCUGGUUGGCCAACACGUGUCGACUACUUCAUUGCCUGAGGCAAUAUAGUGGAGAUGAGACAUUCAAGACCCACAACACUUCAAAGCAGAACGAGCAUUGCCUGACCAACUUUGAACUGACUGAGUACCAGAACGUGUUUGGCGACCUAGCUGUCCAAAUUUACCGGCAGCUCAUCAAAAGCAUGGAAGACAUCUUGCAGCCCCUCAUAGUGUCAAGCAUGCUGGAGCAGGAAUCCGUCCAUGGUGUUCUAGGGUCCAAACCAACAGGUAUGAGGAAAAGGAGUUCAAGUUCCCCAGAGGAAGAGGCUGUUACAGUGGAAGUCCUCCUGCAACAACUUGGACACUGGCACAUCACCAUGUGUCAACACGAGAUGGACUCUGACCUUAUUAAACAAGUGGUCCGGCAACAGUUUUACGUCAUAUGUGCUGUUACCCUGAAUCAACUGCUGCUAAGAAAGGAUAUGUGCUCCUGGAGUAAAGGCCUGCAGAUCAGGUACAAUGUGUGGCAGUUAGAGGAGUGGCUGUCAGAGCGGGAUAUGUCCAACUGUGGUGCCAAGGAGAUGUUGGAGCCUCUUGUACAGGCCGCACAGCUUCUGCAGGUCAAGAAGAAGACCGAGGCUGACGCUCAGGCUAUUUGCAACAUGUGCGCAGGCCUCACGACUGCACAGAUCGUUAAAGUAUUGACCCUUUACACACCUGUGGUUGAGUUUGAAGAGCGCGUGACAACCACCUUCAUUACGACCAUUAAAGACAUUCUGAAAGACAGGGAGAAUUCCUCCACAUUGAUGAUGGACGCUAAGAAGAUAUUUUCUGUAACGCUUUCUUUCUCACCGUCCUCUGUGGCCCUUGAAACCAUCCAAAUCCCCACUAGCCUUAACUUGGGCUUCCUUCAACACAUCUAGAGAUAAACAGUGCAUUUUCCUGUUGAUCGUUUGUACUAGUUUAUACGUAACUGUGCCCUAUGAAAGUGGAUUUAAAGUACCAGUGGAGUUGAAAAACAUGUUGCCUCUAUUUUGAAGCUAUUGUCAUUAAGUAUCGGAUUAAUGACACCAAAAGACUUCCAAAGUUUGCGAAUAAAUAGGUAUGAUCCAAAUAGUAUAAAUCUCACAGAGAUUCCCGAGCCAAUUCAGAGUUAAUGAGCAAGUCAGUCAUGUGAUCUGUGACGAAGAAGUAGGAACUACAGAUCCCAUUCACCUCAACAACAAUGCUAACCAAUCAGAUGUGAGAGCCAACGACGAUUACUCUGGGUAAAAUGAUUAUCCAGAACCUUGUAUUUUCGAGACCAAACACAAAGAGGACUAGCAAUAAGUUUUAGAAGCCGAGUGUUAAACGGAUGUACUGUAGCUUUAUUGAAACACUAGCAUCAGCAGCAUUGAUAGGUGCUAAACAUAAAAACUAACCAUAAUAAAAACAAAACACUUAUUGUCCAAUUUAUGUUCACAUAAUCCUGUUUAGAUGAAGAAUCAAUCACAAGCCUCACAAAGGGUUUAAAAAAAGGUUGCGCAACAACAGUCUUUUUCGCCAAUCUCGGGGAUGUCAAAGUCUACCAGCCUCUCGGCCCAAGGCCACAUUUGUCUACUAUUAGGUGAGCGAGGCAUGAAUUAUAAUGUAGAAUUCACUUUUAGCAAGUUUGAGAUGAAGCAGAAGCAGCCUCUGCCUCAGUGUGUCAACAAUAGAUAGCAGCGUAAGCUAGCAUUAGUUUACUGCUAUCAAUGCGCCGCUAAAAUAGUCAGUUUACGCUGGCGCAUAUUCCAAUAUCACUCAUAUUUGAAUAAAGGGGAACUGCACUUUUGUGGAAUUUUACCUAUUGUUCACAAUCAUUGUGAGAGAAAAUAAAUCCAAAUGUAUUUUAUUUUAAAUUUUUGUUUGGUUUCCUAACAUAUAAAAAUCAGCUUGUUCUAAGUGUAGCAAUGCAGGUAAUGGAUCAAUCAUUUAUACCUCUAAAUCACUUUAAAAAGGCAUUUAAAAACCAUCAACAGAACUUCACCUGUACAAUAACCAAGCCGUAGCGACAUUGUUAUUGUAAGAGCAAAUAUGGAGGAACUAUUUUUCUAACGUAGAAACACAUCGGCGUGCCAUACGGUAUUAGCCAUAAAAGCUAACUACGAUAAGAUAGCUUCUACAACAACAGGAAACGCGUUUGAGUUAGUCAUACACAACACUGCGAUACGACACCAAUUUGUACUGACUGAAAAACAUGAAAAAUAUCUAUCUGUAAAGUAUUAGCCCACAUUUCAUGUUUUGUUUGUACACAGCUGAGAUAGCCAGACAGCUGUGUUGUAAUACCACACAUGGCGCGCUGCGUGUAUCAUGAUCGAUAUUAAAGUGACUCACUCGAUGGACUGUUGUUUUAUCUGGUCCAGCUAGUGGGAGAUGUUAUCUGUUGAUUUUGGGUAAGCAAUCCAUUUAUGUCAAAAUAACUUGUCUCCAAGUUCCAUGUUCAUAGCGUCAAAAUUGUUUUCACCUCACUCUCCUGGCUUCCGUCUGCUCCAACGUCUCACUCUUCCUUCGUGCUGGCUUCUAUGAGCAGCAGUAUAUCUAGUUUCAAAAGUAUGAGGUUGUGAAUCCUCAUUUGUCCAAAAGUAGUCGUUUUCGUUGUCUGUUACCAAGUCUGCCAAGAUUAGAACACACACUUGUGUUUGAUCCCGGAAGUAGGAACACAAGUUGUUGCAGGAAGUUGGAAAUGCGCUGCUAUGGAAACGGAAUAUUGAACAUAUUACAUAUUGUUAUGAACAUGUCUGUUACUACAUUAUAUAUAGACUUGCAGUGUGUAUAUAUUAAACGUUGAUGGAGGUGUUUUGAAGUGGUUUUAGAUGGCUUUGAAGGCUACAAAUGUGGCUCCCAUUAGCUGCAUUUUCCAAGCGUUUUUUUUAUCAUUCUUAAAAUCAGGAGAAAAAAAAAGACUGUUCUUGUCUCUCAUGAGUGCGAACGAUAGGCAAAAUUUCAAAAAAGUGCAGUUCCCCUCUAAUAUUCAGGUCACGACACGUAAAUAGAUUGUUUUUGGGGGUGUUUGGAUGUCUUCUAGAAUGAUUUAUGGGCGCAAUUGAGGGCCCUUGAUUUGUUGACUCAAUUGUUAACUAUUUAUUUACGCGUAAAAUGCAUAAAAAGGACUGUGUAGGAGAGACAGCACAUAUAUUUCAAUGUUUGCAAAUUUCCAGUAUGACUGAUCUAAUAAUAUGGUGAGAGUGCAGAAGCGUUACUACAGUGACGUAGCAUCUACGAAAAUUGCCGAAGAUAUUCGAAGCACAAUAUUCAAAAUGACUAAAUUUGUGGUAUUUUGUGAUGUUAAGAUGUUUUUUUCACAUACUUUUCAGAUGGUAAAUACAAUUGGAUAUGGUUUAAUGUAAACAAUGAAACACAAUUAGGUAUAUAAAGUAAACUUGUUUUUCCACUCCGCUGGUACUUUAAGCAGAUGUACGCUCUCUUGUAGCAAAGUAUUUUGCUAAUUUUGGUUCAUAAAGUAUAAUGUACCUAUUGUUUAACUUUCCUAUAUGAACAUGUGACCCUUUUGAUAAAUUCAAAAGACAUAUUUCUCUAAUAUUUCGUUUAAGUGGAUUUUUACAAUAUUUUUGAAAGGGUUUGGUAUAUGCUUCAAACUUAAUUUAAAUGAAAAAAUAGUUUUAUUUUGUACUCGUUGGAAGUUAUUUAUGCUACAUUAUUUAAGAGGGAAGAAAAGUGAAAUAUUUGACAAGUUGUUAUAAAAAUGCUGAAUUUUCAAUAA